AUGGAAACUCCUGACGGUCAAGUUCAGCGUGAAAAGGGUGAAAGUUCUGAAGUGCAAGAGGUAUGGUGUUAUGAGCAUAUUGUUAUUGGAAGGCCUAAAUUAUUGGAUUGCCUCUCCACAUUUCCUCGUGUAUGCCGAUGGGAAAGCAGUGGUAGGCAAUAUUUAACGUCUUCCCAAUUCACUAUCAAGUUUGAGGAAUUAGAGCAUUCUCAGAUAUUAUGGAGGCUUGAACCAACUUCAGAGGAGUUGCAGGUCGAUAUAAUCAGGGAGAUCACACAAGAAUGGUAUUCAAGAACCACGAUGGAGCAGCCACUUGAUGUAGAUAGCGGAAGUGCUAUUAGAAUGGUUCCAGAAGAAGAAGAAGAAGAAGAAGAAGCAAUUUUGAGAACUGGACCUGGAACUAUAAAGCAUCCGAUUGAUGUAGCAAGUGAAAAACCCAUCAGAAUGGUUAAAGAACACAGGGAAGAAGAAUCAGAAUCAAUUUUAAGAACUGGACCAGGAACUAAGAAACAUCCGAUUGAUGUAGCCAGCAAAAGAGCUAGUAGAAUAGUUGGAGUGCACGGUGAAGAACAACAUUCGCAAGAAAAAUCCAAGAUCCUCGUCAUAAGUGAUGAUGAGGAAUCGAAAGUGAUUGAGGAUCUUAAAAAAGAAAAUCUUGAAUUGAAGAAGAGACUUGAAGAUGAGAAUGAAGAAUUGAGGAAAUUGGUGGAAAAACAACGUAGUCGAAGUAUGUUGAUGGAAAGAUUUGUUUCAAAUUUGGAAAGAAUUGUAUUAGAAGAUCUAUGAGGAAAUGUUGUACUUCUUGUAGUUUAGGACUACAUUAUAACUAGUAUAAUAAUUGCAUUAUUUGAGUUUCGGUCCCAAAAUGUGUAACAGAUAUAGAGCGGACAUCAACUUGUAACUGUCAACGUCCCUUGUAUUAGGUCCACCCCGGUCUCUAGGUAAAGAACAAUGAUUGGAUAUA